CCCCCGUCUCGCGAGAGGAGAUAGAAGGCGGUUGGCGGCGGGAGUCUCGCGCCUUUCUCGGCUUAUGCGCGCCGUCUCCGCUGUUUCCCGGCUCGGGGGUUGGAGAAACUAGCGCGAGCGAUGACGCGGAGCUGCUCGGCUCUGGGUUGCACCACCCGGGACAGCGGGUUGAGCCGAGAGGGGGGCAUCUCCUUCCACCAGUUUCCGCUUGACACGCUGCAGCGUACCAGGUGGAUUCAUGCUGUUAACAGAGUGGACCCCAAAAGCAAAAAGGUUUGGAUUCCAGGUCCUGGUGCGAUCUUGUGUUCCAAACAUUUUGUAGAAACAGACUUUGAAUCAUACGGGAUGAGAAGGAAACUAAAGAAAGGAGCGGUGCCUUCUGUUUUCCAGCACAAGAAUUCCCGGAGUGAGUGCCAAAGACUCAGAACAGUCCAGAAGGCUGUCAAGCAGCCACUUUCUAAUCAUGCUUAUGCUGAGGAGGUCAUUACCGAAGAUCACAAUUACAGCUUAAGAAAUCCUGAACUCCUUUCUGAACAGCAGAGAAAAAUGAAGGGCAGGUUACACCUGCCUGAAAAUACGGCUGCAGCCCAUAGAAGCCUUUUGCAUUGCCAAAGAAAGGCCAGCGAUGUAAUUCGGGAGUUGGUGGAAAAGCAACUGCUCUCCGAAGACACUGCAGACUUGCUGCAGGCUCUCUUUUCAGAUUUGCCAUGGGAAUUUGACUGCACAAGGCCGAACUCAGGUUAUACCAGAGAAAUGAAGCAGUUUGCCUCCACUCUUCACCUCUACAGCAAUAAAGCGUAUGAAUAUGUCCGAAAGAGAUUUCCUCUGCCUCAUCCUUCCAGCCUGAUGAAUUGGCUGACAAAGGAUGUCACUCACCCAGGCUUCAGUGAGAGCAUCUUCCAGAGCCUCCAGCAAAGAGUUGAGAGCCACGCCGAGGCAUACCAGUAUUGCGCGCUAAUGAUGGACGGUGUGCCUCUCAGGAGUCAGCUGGAGUGGGAUCUUGCCACUCAACAGCUGGCUGGGUUUGUAGAUCUGGGCGCAGGCGCACUCGAUGCAGAUGAAGCCCCCCUGGCCUCAGAAUCUGUCGUCUUAAUGGCUGUUGGGAUUUUUGGUUGCUGGAGGGUUCCCUUGGGGUAUUUCUUUGUUAGCGGGGUCACAGGCCACCUGCUGGCCCAGUUGCUUCGUCAGGCCGUCAACAAGCUGAGCAACAUCGGCAUCACAGUGCUGUCUGUGACAUCCACUGCUCAUGACGUUGCAACAGCAAAGGCGUUAGGGAUGCAGAUCAAGCCCGGCAACAUCAAGUGCACGUUCCAGCACCCGCCUGGCUCUUCGCGCCAGAUCGUGUACUUCUUUGACGCUUGCCAUGCACUGAAGCUGAUCCGAAACACGUUCCAGUUCUGCCGUCGGAUAGAAUUUGCUGGCCACACUGCCGAGUGGCACCACAUCGUGGAGCUUGCUGCCCUGCAGGAGAAAAAGGUGGUCCUCCAUGGCAGCUGCGUGUCCAGCAAGCUCGGGAGAAGCCGAGGCUGCUGCGUGAGUCGGGCCACUCAAGUCUUCAGCGCAAGUGUGGCCGACAUGCUGGGUUCCCUCCAGUUGUCAGGCCUGCCUGCCUUUCAGGACUGUGAGGGGACUGUCAAAUUUGUGCGCUUGGUCAGCAGUCUGUUUGAGGUGUUCAGUGGCAGAAAUCAUCACGGGAAAGGUCUGAAAGGGCCUGUGUCGGCUGGAACCUACGGCAAGGUUGCUCGCCUCCUCAAUGAAGCCCAGAGUGUGUUUGCCACAUUAAGGGACAUUUCAGGGAGGCGCGUCUUGGAAGGGAGGCGGAAACUCGGCUUCCUGGGCUUUCUGCUCAAUGCUGAGAGCUUAAAGUGGCUUUACACAAACUAUGUGCAGGCCGAGAAGGGCCCUCCCCGAUCUCUCCUUACUUAUGCCUUCAGCCUAGACCAUUUGGAAUUGUUCUUCAGAGCUCUUGGGCAAGCUCAUGCCACCAGCGGUAACCCCGCAGGCACUGCAUUCCAGGAUGCUUAUUGCAAACUCGUGACCAGUUACAGUUUUGUCCCAGGGGCACAAGAGGAUAGUCUCUUCGGAGACAUAAGCACUUUAGAUGCCUCCCUCCUCCGGAGGACAGACUCAACCCUUCACGCCAUUCAUGCUCUCUGCUGCCCUUCUGUCCAGGAGGCGGGGUCGUUGGAUAAGAUGUUCUGCUUGGAACUCAUCCCACUUCCCUCUACGCUGAGUGAUGCACUGACAGAGUUGCCAAUGGCCGGUGCCGGCCCCAGUGCUGCUGGCUUGGUUACAAAGAAGUUGGCAGCAUCUCUUGGGUGUGAAGUGUGCAUUGCAGCCCUCUGGGCCUCCAAGGGCAGAGUCUUAAGCCACGAUUCACAUUGUCGCAGGAAGAAGGUGGACAGCUUGGGUGAACCAUCAGAGUGUGUGCAAAAGAUUGUCAAUACUGCUGCGUGCAUUUUAAGAACACACAUUAAAGCCAAGGCCUGCCAAACAGAUGUAAAGCAGCACCUACCCUCUAUAGAGCAGAAAAUCUUCUACAGACUCUCUGGGCACAGUCCCUUUUUCCCGGAAUUAAAUGACCACCUUUUUGAUGGUGAGCUGUGCAUUUCCAAUCACUACACGAAGCUGUUGAGGAAGGUCGUGCAGGGCUACCUUAGUCUCAGAGCUGAGCAGGAGCAAAAAUGGAGGCUCAGCGGAAUUCUGCUGGGGAAUAAAAGAGAUCUUUCCUAG